AUGCCUACAUUUGCAUCAACAGCUCCCAAGGACUCUUUCAUCAAUGUUCUCAAUUUGAGGUCAUCAUUGUCAAUAUGGAAGAAUUUCUGUCAACCCAGUGAAAAUAUUCCCAACGAACUGAGUCGCGUCUCAGUUAAAAUAUGUCGCACUGUGUUCACUUCUGAAGUGGUAGUGUGGUAUAUGCCGCCAAGUUGGGUGCAGCGAAACCCCCAACCCCGAACUAUUAUCGAAGCCGCACAGUUGGCAAUCCAAGUGACUGACAUUGGCGAAGUACGCCAUUUUAUGCCACAUUCCCAAAUCCCUUUGAUCGUCCAUCAGACAUGGAGUCAUCGGCAAAUAGAUACUUGGCCAGAUGACUUGCGGCAAAGUGUCGAGAAAUGGCUGCAGUUCGUGGUCGAGGAUGAAAUGGCAUAUUUCCUCUGGGAAGACGAGGGCAUGGUGGAGUUUAUCGAUCACUUUGAGCCUCAGGCCCAUGAUUAUUAUUCAUCGCUGCCAUUAAUGGUUGAGAAAACAGACUACUUUCGUAUCACAGUCGCUACAUGUGUUGGCGGGAUCUAUGGAGAUCUCGAUACUGUGCCACUCAAGCCGCCUGCCCAGUGGAUCACUUCACAGGAUGUUCGGCCAUGGACGGAUCUGGAGACUAGGUCCGUCUAUAAUUCUAUGAAGCCUGUCAGGGCACUUUUCGGCAUCGAAGCUGAUUGUCUGCCCACUGACCACACAUGCUGGCGUAUGGGAUAUCCAUAUUCAAUCCAACUAACUCAGUGGUCGUUCGCCUCGGCACGAGACCAUCCUCUCCUACACCAAUAUAUCGAGAACCUGGCUCACCAAUUACAGAAAAUUGCAAAUCACCACGGCGGAUUACAAACAUCAGCCGCUCGUACUGAGUUACAGGCCCUUGAUCCUCUGACUUUGACGGGUCCGGAGGCAGUCACUCGCGCUGCUCAGGAAUGGCUCAAUACCUCAGCUGGGCUGAGAUGGAAUGCGUUGACUGGUUUACAUGAUGGAGGGAAGGCUAAAUUAGUCGACGAUGUGUUGAUCCUCCCUAUUACUAGCUUUAGUCCUGGGAGAGGAAAAUACGGUAACAUGGGCUCUAAGCCCAUCACAGAUCCAACAGCCCUAGUGCACCAUCACGGCCAAGGGUCAUGA